GAGUGUUGCAUAUUAUUGUGUGUACCGUGUUUGCGCGAGUGUACGCGUUUGGGUGUGUUUGUGUGCGUGUGUGCGGUUUGCGCGUGCGUUUGUAGUACCCCUCAUACUAACAAGUAACAAUAAUAAUAAUAUUAUGUGCAAAUGUGCAAUUAUUGUCAUUAACUACUGAAUAACAACGUUAAUCGUUAUGCAGUAUUGCAGUCGGCACUGAGCGUCACGGGUCUUAGCGGUCGAGUCGCUGUAGUUAGUACUGUUUUUUUUGGUUAUCGUAAUUUCGAGUUUACUUCUGUUUGCCUGGCGGUGUGGCGUUUCGUAAAUGUCCGUAAUAAUAAUAAUAAUAACAAUAUUAUAAUAUUAAAGUAUACGACAGCAGUGUUGUAGUGCCGAAAAUCGAUAAUAUUAUUCGGUAGUCGGAAAACGAUUAUGGUCCCGCUACGCGAUUGAUCUUUUGCAGUUCGUAACUUCUAUCUGUCGCGCUUUCGGCUCUAAGCCUCCUCCUCUUCUCGGGAAUACCGAAGCUUAAACGAUAUUAUGUCGUCGUUGACACACGCAUUACUGGUCGUAUUGUGCUUAGGCCGAACCAUGGCGUACAUCGAAAAAAUCUUGGAAAAUGAUAGUGUGUGUUCGAUGAAUUUCUUCUCAACUAAUUUAAACCUGUCUGGUCGUGAAGAUCAAUCAGCUAUGGUGGUCAAAGAUAACCAAUAUUUUCAAAAGUGGUCUGGCAAACACGAAUUUAACUGUAAAUUUACUGUCACUUCUUCACUUGGGUUGGGUGUUUUUGCGGUCAUACAGCAUCUGUCUUUUAGACGUAAUGCUCAAGGACAAUGUAUAGACUAUAUUCAAUUUCGCCAUGCAGAUAAAACCAUAAGUGUUUUAGACUUAAAUAUUAAAUUUAAGCCAGCAUCAGACUCCUGGAGUGAGAAAAUUUGUGGAAAAUUGAAUGCAUUUGAAGCCAAUGUCGAUAAUGAAUCUUACCAAGGCAGUGAUGGUAAUGAUGACAAAGAAAUAAAAAAUUCAUUUAUUGAUCAUAAGGGUAUGAUUGAAGUUAAAAUAUUUCUUGGAAAUAAAACUUUAGAGUCCAGUGAGGAAUUAAAGUUUGAGAUUGUAUUCACAGCAUUCCAAGAAUGCAAAUAUGAUAAUGGCCAUUGGAAAAGUUGUGGUAGAAAAACAUGUAUUUUUAAAGAUUUUUUUAAUGAUGGAAAACUUAACUGUCCAUACAAAAGCUGUAAAGAUGAGAAUGGUUGUCGCCAAGACAUCUCAGUACUAAACAGUAACUAUAUGAGCACUACAACUUUAGGGACCAAAGUUGUGGCUGCAACAGUUGCCUGUCUGGUUACCAUGAUUUUAGUAUUUAUUGCGUUCCUAUGGAUAUUCAGACACUGUGGACCUGCAUUUUGUUGCAUGGGAAACCCUAAUAGCCAUCCACAUUCUUCUGAAAUGCAGCCAGUACCACGCUUGGAUACAAUGGGUGUUGUAGCUACAGCUCCACCUGAUUUUAUGGUGGCUAGCGGUACUGAAGUAAGAACAGCUGACAAAGAUCUACCACCAUCAUACGAGUCAUUGUUCCCAAGUAAAUAGUAACCGAUCAAUAUUACAUGGAAUUGUAUAAUUUCUUCAUUUAUCUCAUGUAGUUUAUAAGGUGGAUUUUAUACUUUUAUUUAACAUUUUUAUCUGAACAAAUUUAUUAUUAUUAUUUUUUUUUAAUUUUAUUUGGAGAGAAAUAAGUAAGACAUUUUAAGCUAAGUAACCAUAUUCGAUUGUACCAGUGAUUUUAAUUUUCAAACAAAACAAUUGUUUUAAUUAACUCUUAAUUUGACUAUUCAACUAAUUUUUUUUAAAAAAAUCACUUAAAAAGUACUAACAUAGGUGCCCGCAGAAAUUUUUUUAGGUAAUUUAUCUGUAAACAUUCAAUUUAAAACAUAUUUUUGAAAAUUCAUGGGGGGGGGCAAAUGCCCCAGCUUGCCCCCCCUUGCAGGUGCCUAUGAGUACUAACUUAUUUAGAUUAUUUUUUUUAUGAUUUAGUGGGAUAAAGUGUCUUAUCAUUUUUUUUAAAUGUUGAUAAAGAAAAACACUGGUCCACACUUGGAUUUGAUCAAUUAAUAGUAAAAACUAUCAUCUAUAUCAGUAGUUCCCAAAUUUUUUUUCCGUGGUGCCCUUUUUAGGAUUAAAUUCAGCCGCAGUACCCUGCUGUAAAUACCAUGAAAGACAGAACAAAAAAAAAAAGCUAUAAAUUUUAAAUUAUUUAUUAUAAGCUAUAGAACGCAGUACCCCUAGAAAGUGCCCGCGGUGCACAGUUUGGGAACCACUGACCUAUAUUAUAUUAGUAUUUUUUUUAUUACAUAAAUUUAUUAUAAUAUAUAAAGUAUCUUUUUUUAUGGUUUUGUAUUAAAAAUAAAUAACUAUUAAUUAUCAAUUGAAGUAUCACCUAUACUAAGUAUACUCCUCGGUAUACUCAUUUUAACUGAAAGAAAACUAAAUAUUGUAGACACACAAGACUGAAUAUCGCAUAAAUUUAAAAUUGAUUAUUAUUUUCUAUGUACCUAUUUUGGAUAUCACAUAAUAACUUCACAAAUUUAACUGAAUUAUAAAAAAAAAAGCUGAGGGUUCUGAAGCCUCUAUUUUUUCUAUGAUGUUAUUUUAUAGUUAUGGAUACAUGGAUACUUGUUACUAUUAAAACCUAAAUUAACAUAAAAAAAUGUAGAGGUGCUAAUUUUAAAAUUGGGGGUGCUAAGUAUACUCAAGACCCUCCCCUAAAUUUCACCUAUGAAGUACCGUUUUUAAAAUUUAUUUCAUCAUUUACCACACAUUUUCUUUUUAAUGUUAUGAGUCAAUUUAUAUAAAAUUUAAAUUUGUGUAGUUUUCUAAUGUAUACUAUGUCGGUGUAUUUAUUUUUAUCAAUUAAAACAGUAUUUAAAAUAACUUUAGUUUUUAAACUUUGCGUACAGCACUGUAAUUUUUGAAAAUCUUUUAUAGCUUGUACAAUUGACUGAACAUUUUAAUUGGAAACUUUAUUUUGAUUGAAUAAAUUGAUUCUAAAUCAGAGUCAAACAUUUUUAAGCACCAAUAUUCAAUGUUUAAUGAACAAAAAUAUCUUAUUACAUUUUUCCAGUAAUGUCAGUCUUUUAAUUUAAUUUUUGGUUCAUGAGUAUGAACCAAUUAGCUUUCUACACCAAUUUUUUUUACUGUUGUACGAUUAUUUUAUUUUUUCCUUUUAAAAAAAUUAUUUUAAUUGAAUGUUAUGAGGUCUUACGUUAUAUUGUAAUAUAAAAUAUAAUAUAUGUAUACUAUGUGAUUUAUAUUUUACUUGACACUAAUAGUAAGUGCAAUACCACAUCACUAUACUAUACAUGUAUACUAAUACUUAAAACGUUUUUGAAUGAUAAGUCAAAUAUACAUAAUGUUUAAUAUGUUGAAACAUCAUUACUAUUACAUUAUUUAUCAUAUAUUAUUUUUACACGUUAAGACAUUAGUCAUUAAGUGUAACUUAAUUAAUCUGACAAAGUAUUCUCAAAGAACAACUUUUUUGUAUUUGUUCAAUUAUUUUAUUAUUUGCUAACAUUAAGUUAAAUCAAUUUAAUAUUCUUGUAUUCCUUAUGUUUAUUUUUAAAUUGAUUUAAGUACCAAAGACAAAUAUAUUGCUUGUACCUUAUUAAUAUUAAAUACUUUGGUAUUUGUAAAAAAUAAUUACAUCUUUAUGUAUAUGCAUUAUAUAUCGAUAAACUAUAUAUCAAUAUUGUUUAAAAUAUAUUCAUGUUUGUAAGACAUUGUAUAUAGAAUUAAUACUAUACAUUUAUAUUUGAAGUAUUAUUUACUACACUUCAAUAUUGUAAAUUGAUACUGUGAUAAAAAAAAAGUAUAUUUAUAUCUAAUAUAUAAAAUUUGUUAUUGAACAUAAAUAUGUAUUUUUUAUUUUUUUCUGAAUUAAUUUGAAUACUAUAUAAAUAUUAAAAUAUAUGAUGCAUGUUAUAUACAAGCAAUGUACAUAUAUAAAUAUAUAUAAUAUAUGUACGGUAACUGUUAUUAUGAUUGCUAUAACGCCUCCAUAGUUGGUAUUCAGCUGGUUAAAAUUGGCAACAUUAUCGCCAAUAUCAAUGUACCACACUAUAACUAUAUUUUUGUUAUAUUUCAUUAAAAUUUAUACAUUUCCCUAAACCUUAGAUGCAAAUCGGACUGAUUAAAUGCCAUACUCGCAAGAACCAUUCCGGCGCAAACAUCAUUUUUAAAUGGGUAUUUUGUUAUUGUAUUAUUUUUUUCUAAUAUUAUGAAAAAUACACAUCUUACAGAGUUAAAUGUAUUCUAUGUAAUGAGUUGAAAAAAUAUACAUGAAUAGUAGAAAUUU